AUGCAAUUGAUCUUACAAAUCUUCAUCGCAUGUAUUCUGUUAAUUGGACAGAUUUUUGGUGACAGCUGUAAAGAAUCAUGUACUGCAGCUAAAUACAUAUCAUCAACAGUUCUCGGUACAGCACCGUUCUGUAAUGGACGUUGUGCUGAAUGUCAAGCUGGUGGCGUCUGUUUAUCGAAUAAAUGGUCAGAAGGAAAAGGUUGUUGGACAGGAAGUAAAGCAUGUUGCUGUUGGGGAACAUCAGGCUGA